AGAUCUACUUGUUCAUGUCCACUUAAGUGCUCUCAUCGCAAAUGAAAAUGUUUUUCAAAAAUUUAAGAACAAAGUGGGAAUAGCUAUGGCUCUACACAUGGAUGGAUGAUGAAUUCUGCUGUUUUGAUAUAAAUGCUUCUCAGAAAUAUCGGAAUACUUUAGACCCAUAUCAGAAAGAACAGACAAGAAUGAAUCUUUUUUUAAUUGCAUUCUUACUGUUUUUGUCAAGAAGAGCUGAUGGUGACGAAGCAGAAGAUGAGGAUGAAAACCUAUCAUCCGAAAGACUUGUAUAUGUUGGAGAGACUAUUCAACUUUUCUGCAUUGCUGAUUUGCAUGAUAGGCCUACAGAUUCUAUUUGUUUAAAAAAAGAACUAGGAAUUGAAAAACCUAUUGAACUAAAUUUGUCCAAAAAUAAUGACAGUAAGACAGCAAGUGUGGAGUUUAUGUUCCAUGAUGUAGAUAUUGGUGAAUGGUUAUGUCAUUGUAAGGCUGGAAACACAACAUUAUCUACCACUAUUUUAUAUGUUGAACGUGCAUUACAAAAUGUUACCAGCUUCUCUGGAGUGUAUUUCUACCAAGAGUUCAUUUUGUUUCAAUGGGAACUAGGAAGGAAUUAUUUUUUUGAUAUCAAAGCCAAUAUAACAUGGCUACCUUCGUCUCCCCCGACAGAAAACAAUCAUAAGACUUGUGAUGAAAGUAAUGUCACACACUGUAUCAUAUAUUACAAGAACUAUUAUGGGCAGUCACCAAUUUUUGUCAGUAUUACAUUGAUCUCUUCAUUUGAAGAUAAGAGGUGGAAGAAAGAUUUAUCAAAUCCUACAUUUGAUAGUCCUGUAACAUAUAUUGCAAAAUUUGACGUUAACCGUAACACAAAAUCAGAUCCACCUCACAAUUUCCAUGUGACGUCAAAGAAUAGCACAUGUUUCACUAUGUUUUGGACAGAUUCUAAAUACCUUAAUGCUUGUACACUUUGCACAAAGUUUUAUGCUGUUCACAAAAUAUUAAAAUCAACCAGUAAUGGAUCACUUAAAGAGCAUAUGUACAAAACGGCCUUAGGUCAACCAUACAAUCAGAGUUUUGUAACUGAAUGUGGUUUGAAACCUUUUACCAGUUACAUACUCCAGCUACAGAUUAAGGGAUUUGAGUCUGAACCAUGGAGCAGUCCAGCAACUACUGAAAUCACUACAGAUGAAUUCAGGCCUUUGACAGGGCCACCUUUACUUACUACAAGCUUUUAUGAAGAGGCUUGUGAGUCUAACAUGAGAACUGUAUAUUUAUAUUGGAAUGAGCCGAGUCAGGAUUCGCUGCAAGGAAUACUUACAGAAUAUAUUCUUUCAGGGAUUGAUGACAAAUUAAUACAUUUACGAUGGGGAUCAAAUUACAUUUCAACAAAACUUAAAUGUAAUGUGUCUUAUAACAUAUCAAUUAUGACCUCUACAAAAAUUGGUGUAUCCAUUCAUCCAUCUGUAAUCAACAUUCCAGUUUAUGAUGAAUUGUUAACUACAUCAGCUGUUGGUGAGCUCCUAGUUCAAGAGAUGUUCAAAACGGAUAUUUCCUUGACUUUGAUGAAUCUUUCAAUCAUAUGGACUGCAAAAAAUUCAGAGAAUAUAACUUUAUUUUUUUAUAUGUGCGAAGAAAGUUAUCUUCCUUUUACAUGUUUUGAUGAUAUGACCGUGGCUGAAAGUGAACUCAGUGCUGGUAGACUGAUCCUAAACAAUAUUAGUAUUAAAAAAACCUUGCUUGGCUUUGCAUUGUUACAUAAGAAUGGGAAGAAAAAAGGAGUUAGUUGGAUCAACUGUGUUUACAGAAAGGAUUCUAAGCUUACCAAACCUGAAGGGUUAGCUGUUACAGCUGGACGCCACAACCUGUUGGUCAGCUGGAUCUCAACUCCAUGCAGUAGAACUACUAAAGUUUUGAUUCUCCAGUACACGAUCUCUGUAUGUAGAGCCCUAACAGUGCAACCAGACACAUGUGCUAGAGUUUAUAAUGUCAGUAGCGCAAUCGAUACAUUUGCUGUAGACAAUCUGUUGUCAAAUGAAGAAUAUUAUGUCUAUAUACAAGCUGUUUCACCAUUUAGCAGAGGACCAGCUUCCGAGCCCAAGAAAGUAAAAACUUUAAGAGAUUCUUAUGAUGAUAAUGUUUAUGUGCUUGGUCUACUUUUGUCUUGCACCAUCAUUAUCAUUGGCGCCUGUUUCCUUCUGGCAUGUCUUUACAGGAAAUGUUAUAAAAGACGAAUUCACUUCGACCAGUUCAAAGAGGAGUUCCUCUUUAAAAAGUCUGGAGUUUUUGAUCUUAACUGCCAUUGUCAAGUAGAACAUCAUAAUUGUUUCAAAUCACAGUUAGAAGGUCAUUUCACUUGCCAUCCUUGUGAUACACAACGCACAUUUAAUACAAUAGUAAAAAAUGUUUUCUAUACGAAUAUUCUUUUACAGGAGAGCCUUCCUAAUAAAGAACCUAUUCCAUCUAAUAUAGAAAACUCAUGUUCUCUCAAUAGCUCUUCAGAAGUCCCAGCUAUAAUAGAAAACUCAUGUUCUCUCAAUAGCUCUUCAGAAGUCCCAGCUAUAAUAGAAAACUCAUGUUCUCUUAAUAGCUCUUCAGAUGUCCCAGCUAUUAUAGAAAACUCAUGUUCUCUCAAUAACUCCCCAGAAGUCCCAGCUAUUAUAGAAAACUCAUGUUCUCUUAAUAACUCCCCAGAAGUCCCAGCUAUAAUAGAAAACUCAUGUUCUCUCAAUAACUCCCCAGAAGUCCCAGCUAUUAUAGAAAACUCAUGUUCUCUUAAUAAUUCCCCAGAAGUCCCAGCUAUAAUAGAAAACUCAUGUUCUCUCAAUAACUCCCCAGAAGUCCCAGCUAUUAUAGAAAACUCAUGUUCUCUCAAUAACUCCCCAGAAGUCCCAGCUAUUAUAGAAAACUCAUGUUCUCUCAAUAACUCCCAAAAAGUGUCAACAGAACUUGCAAGCAAUAUAUUACUUGACUCUUCCUAUGAAGAAAAUGUAGGUCAAAAGAAUAAUACUGCUGCAUUAGUAGAUUAUGUUAUGUAUGCUGAAACACAGACAAGGCAUCUGAUCCAAUCAACUAAGAAAAAUAGUUCUAGCAAUACUUUUAAUCAAACCUUUCUCCCCGCCAGAUUUUACAGUAAUUUACACGAUGAUGGAAAGUUAAACACUUGUCCUGAGAACUGUUGCACCAAUUUAUCAUUUGAAAAUAUAAAUAAAAGAAACCCAAAGGCCAUGACUCAUUUUUCAGAAUGUGGGAACAAUAUUUCAGACCCACAUCAAAAUGUUUCUGAAUAUGUUUCUCAGUAUGUUUCUGACUGUGGAAUGAAGAUUUCAAACCCAAAAAUUUAUGUUUUUGAAUGUAGGAACAAUCCAGAAACCUAAAACAACAUAUCUGAAUAUGUUUCUUAGUAUGUUGCAACUGUACACAAAUAUUUCAUACGACCCAAAACAAAUGUUUCUGAAUAUAUAUGGAAUAAAAAGUUUAGGUUGAAACAACAUGUUUCUGUAGGUAGGUAUCAAUCAGACCCGAACAGUCUUUUUUUACAGUGGAAAUUUUUUUUAAAGCAAAAUAACCGAAGCAUUAACCUCGAAAUAGCAUGCAUUUUAUAUCAGCUGGACUGAUAGCCAUUUUUAAUUUCUUUUCUUUAUUAUUAAUACUCAGCACAGAACAUUUUACAGUUAUAAUUUGGCCUUUACUUUCUCAACUCACUUGACGUUAAUGAUAUUAAUGAUAUCUUCAACUAACGACUUGUUUUUACGGCUGCCCGUAUUUGUAAUAAAACCUUUUAAAAUUUAGAUCUAUAUGACCGGGUGAAAGGAUUAUUAUCUUAUUUUGUGUACGAAUCCGUGUGUGGAUGUUAUGGUGAAUUUACGCCCUUACGAUCAAGGGCUAUUUAAAGACAGAGUUAGUUUCGUCAUUUUCAUGUAAUAAAAUUUGU